AUGUCAGUAGCGGCCAGCAACGGUGCAGAGUCGCCAACCAUGCAGAAUGGAGGCCCCCAAUCAGGGGACUGGCCCGAUAAUGCUAGCCUGCCAUCUUCUCAUGACACCGAUCGAGUGGAAUUUAAUGGCGAUGGAUUGAACACCGGUGUUCGAGUCCUAAGCGACGGUCGACUGGACAUCAAAAUAAACGAACACAAGCCCAGUUUAGCAGGUCUUCUGAACAAAAUACAGGGUACACCGAUGCCAUCAGAUGUUGAACGAGUCAACUCAAAGGCGAGCGUACCAAAGGGUGACGGAACGCACUUUCCGUUAAACCUCAACAUCGUCAUCCAAGUCAUCGGCUCACGGGGUGAUAUCCAGCCAUUUGUCGCACUAGGAAAGGAGCUGAAGAAGCACGGCCACCGGGUUCGACUCGCCACUCACCUGGCCUUCCGCGAUUUCGUUCUCGAUGGCGGACUGGAAUUCUUCAACAUCGGCGGAGACCCUGCCGAACUGAUGGCCUUUAUGGUCAAAAAUCCCGGUCUUCUCCCAAACGUCAGCACAAUCCGGAGCGGAGCCAUCCAAAAACGUCGAAGAGAGAUGAAACAGAUCAUCGAGGGGUGCUGGAAAUCAUGCUUUGAAAUGGGGGACGGUACACACAUGCACCAGAUCAAGGAAGAUCCUUUCGAUGAUAGUGUCGAUUAUCGGAGGCGUCCAUUUGUUGCGGAUGCAAUUAUCGCCAACCCUCCCAGUUUGGCGCAUAUCCAUUGUGCGCAGCGGCUGGGAAUUCCUUUGCAUAUCAUGUUUACGAUGCCGUGGUCACCCACUCAGUCGUUUUCGCAUCCGUUAGCCAUUAUCCACCAGCAAGACUGCAAGCCGUCGGUAGCAAACUUUGUUUCCUAUGCUAUUGUCGACAUGAUGGUGUGGGAAGGUCUUGGGGAUCUCGUGAACAAGUUUCGCAAAAACAUACUAGCUCUCGAUCCAUUGGACAGCAUCACCGCGCCAAGUUUAAUACACAGGUUGGAGAUUCCGUGUUCUUAUCUUUGGUCCCCUGCCGUUCUUCCAAAACCAGGAGACUGGGGCGAUAAUAUCGAUAUCUGCGGAUUCAGCUUCCUCCCCGCCAAGUCAGAUUACGAACCACCGAAAGAAAUAAAGGAAUUUUUGGAAAAAGGACCCACACCUAUAUAUGUUGGAUUCGGCUCAAUCGUUGUCGACGACCCAAUCAAGUUGACCAAAGUGGUGUUCGAAGCAAUCAAAAAGUCCGGCCAACGCGCAAUCGUUUCAAGAGGCUGGGGUAACCUGGGAGUAGAAGAUGUUGGCGUCCCAGAUAACAUCUUGGUCAUUGGAAGCUGUCCUCACGACUGGCUUUUCUCCCGAGUAUCAUGUGUGAUCCACCAUGGCGGUGCCGGCACAACAGCAGCAGGUCUAGCGCUUGGAUGUCCAACAAUCAUCGUUCCAUUCUUCGGUGACCAGGAAUUCUGGGGACGGAUUGUUGCAAGAGCAGGGGCUGGCCCACUUCCGAUUCCGCACAAGCAGUUGACGGUGGACAAACUGAGUGCUGGAAUUGAAAUGGCUCUGAAGGAUUCAACGAAGGAAAAGGCACAGGAGAUUGCGCAGAAGAUGGAGGGUGAGUCGGGGACAAAGAAAGGGGCUUGUAGCUUCCAUCGCCAACUUGAUCUGACUCCUCUGCGGUGCGCUAUUUGUCCUGAUCGCCCUGCUGUAUGGCAUCUCAAACAUACUCAAGUCGGACUGAGUGCGUUUGCAGCAUCGACAUUGGUCGAAAUGGGAAGAUUGAAGGCCGAGAACCUCGUCCUGAACCGCCCGAUGGAAUACGAUACCUACCGCGACCCUGCCGGACCACUCAGUGCCAGCGCGCAGGUUCUUUUCGGUGCAAUUUCAAACUUUGUAAUAGGGCUAGCAGACGUCCCGACUGAGAUGGUCUCUGACCUCAUCUCAGCUGGAAAGCAGCUGGGUCAUAAUCAUCCUCAUCACCACCCUGACCCUCGCAAGAAGUGGCGCAUGCGCGAGCCGCACAACAACGACGAACUCGUCAGUGAAGAAGGCUCAGAGGAGCAGAUGAAUCAGCAGAAAAAUGGAAAUCCAGAAGAAACCAUGAAUAACUCUACUCAUGAGUCCAUGGAUAAUUCUGUCGGUCAAAGCGGGAGUGGAACACGCGGCGACAGCCAGAGCGAAGAUGAUAUUGAUGGUGAAGACAGCGUGUCUGCCUCUAGUGACUUAAUUCCCGACUCUGGUUUGGAUCGGGUACGAAGUCUGCAACUUGAGAAGUCACAAACUAUGAGCAGUGAGAUCGCAUCCUCCAAGCCUCAUGGUUUCAUCGGCGAGGUUGGCAUCCAUGGAGGAAGGAUGUCAAAGCAAUUCAUCAAUUUUAUAAUUUGGCUUCCGACAGAUCUCACCCUCAGUAUGUCCAAGGGUUUCCAUAAUGCGCCCAAAAUUUACCACGACAAUACAGUGAAGCCAACUCCAAAAGUCCAUGGUGUUCGGAGCGGAUUUAGAGCCGCUGGUCAUGAAUUACGCGAUGGAUUUUAUUACGGCGUCACUGGUCUGGUCACUCAACCUCAUCUUGGAUACAAAGAGUCGGGUACAAAGGGGAUGAUGAAGGGGGUGGGCAAAGGUCUUGCUGGUGCCUUUUUCAAGCCUCCAGCUGGCAUAUGGGGACUCGCUGGAUACCCUCUGAGUGGAGUUCGCCGUUAUCUGUUGGAGUCAUUGGGCAAGACACAGGAAGGUCAAAUUGUGGCGUCACGCAUCACCCAAGGACACGAAGAAAUGCGAGCAUCAUCGGCCGAAGAUAGAGCGGAGGUGGCCAGGAGGUGGAUCUUGCUAGAGGAAAAGCUUUGCAAGGAGAGUCGGCGAUGUCGCCGUCGCUCGCGCUCACAUGGACGCUCACGGGAAGGCCCACAGACCUGUUCUAUGGCAUCGCCGUCUAGAAUAGUAGUUACAUAG